CGGUAGGUGUAGCUACAUAUUUGUGUUUGGGUUUUAAACGAGUAUCCUGUGUCGGUGCGAUGUUAAUUUGUAUUUUUGUUAAUUGCCGUAAAUUUUAAGUUAUAAACACAAAUAUUCCGUUUAUACCACGAGGUCUGCUAAUCGCCGAUGCGACUUAUGCCGUAGAUAAUAAGUAAGAAGUGAAAAACAUCCACCAAACUACCAAAGAGGCGUUAACAAAAUGCUUCGAAUAUUAUUAUAUUUGCUAAGUAUAGCAAUUACCUGCUAUUCUCAGCAGCCAUUUCCUCAACAAUCGACCCAAUCACCAUUUCCAAGUUAUCAAAACGAUUUCUACAAUCAGCCAAAUGCAUUAGAUCCAUUCCGCAAUCAACAGCCAGGAGCAUAUGAUAAUAAUAUUGGCAACAUUCCAAGCAACAUACCACCAAACAUUCCUGGAAAUUUGCCUACAAGUGUUCCGGAAAAUCCGUUCUACGGUCAAGUCGACAACACAUUAGAUAAUACCAACCGUGAUUCCACCUUUCCCAACUAUAAUAAUGCCAACUUUGGAGGGCGUGAUGACGACGGUUUUUCUCGAGGAAUAAAUAGGAAUGCAUUCCAUGAAGCAGAGGUAUCGAGACGAGCAACAUAUUUCAUUGUAGCUUCAAAAACCGUACGUCCAGGGUUGAUUUAUCAAGUGGAAGUUUCGGUUAUGGAAACUCCACAUCCAAUAACAGUGAGAGCUAGUAUCUCAAGGAAUGGUGUUGAAAUGACGGCCGAUUCAAAAGAUGUAAAAGAAGGAGUACCCGAAACAUUGCUCAUGAGAGUUCCGCCCACAAGUGUAAUGGGGGAAUAUAAGCUAAGGGUAGAAGGUCUCUUCAACAAUUUAUUAGGGGGUAUUGCCUUUCUGAAUGAAACACGUUUAACAUUUUCGCAGCGGUCCAUGACGAUCUUUAUUCAAACGGAUAAACCGGUUUACAUGCAAGGGGAGACGGUCAGAUUUCGAUCGAUUCCAAUAACAACUGAAUUAAGAGGAUUUGAUAGCGCAAUCGACGUUUACAUGUUAGAUCCUGACAAACACAUCCUGCGACGUUGGUUGUCUCGUCAAUCAAAUUACGGAACAGUCAGUUUGGAAUACAAGCUUUCAGAUCAACCGGCGUAUGGCGAAUGGACAAUCAGGGUUGUCGCUCAAGGUCAAAUCGAAGAGCACCAUUUCAUCGUCGAAGAAUAUUAUCAAACUCGUUUCGAAGUUAAUGUAACAAUGCCAGCAUUCUUUUUCAAUAGCGAUCCCUAUAUUUAUGGAAAAGUAAUGGCAAAUUUCACGAGUGGAGCCCCAGUAAAAGGUAAUCUCACAUUGAAGGCAACCAUUCGUCCCAUUGGGUGGUUUGAUGCGCAGGCUUUAAAUCAGCAGUAUCGUGUGGGAAACACAUUGAAUUACCGUCGAGAUUUAAACAAUCCCUACGGUUACCGUUUCGGGAAUAACUACAAUCCAUAUAACCCACAGAAACCUACAACUUUGCAAGGUGUGAACCCUGAAACAAAUUACAUACAGAAUGCAUAUCAGGAUCAGUAUAACAUCGAAAAACUAUUCACUUUCGAGGAACAAUGGCCAUUUUGGUUACGUCGUCCCGAAGGAAGCUACGAUCACUGGACUGGGACCUAUAGAAACACUCUCCCCUACUUAAGGUAUUUCAAUGGAACAUAUGAAUUUAAAUAUCCUAUGGCCGAGCUGGAACAAUUAGUUCCUAAUCUAGCUGGAAUGGAAGUUUUGAUCACGGCGACAGUAGGUGAACGAUUCUAUGAUGAAAUAAUAGCCGGUUAUUCGAUUGCUCGUAUAUAUAAUUCAUCCAUAAAGCUAUCUUUUCUUGGAGAUUCGCCCCAAAUAUUUAAACCAGCUAUGCCAUUUACAUGCUACUUGGCUGUGUCAUACCACGACAAUUCGGCUAUGAAGCGAGAAGCUUUGCUGCGUAGCAUAGUUGAAGUAACGGGGUCUGUUGAAAGCCGCUCGGGAGGGAGACGUGAUUAUCCUGCAGUUCGCAAUUUGAGAAUGUCAGAAAGGGAAGGCAUUUGGGAGUUGAAUGUGGAUCUACGAAAUGAUUUACGUUUGGAUGAAGGUCGAAAUGGUCGAGAAUUCUUGAAUGAUAUCCAAAGUAUGCAAUUGCGAGCAACAUACCGAAAUGACCGUGGAGAAUAUGCAACUGCGGAUCUACAGCUUAUCAGUCAUUUCUCGCCAAAAAAUAAUCACAUAAAAGUAUCGACAAGCACCAAGUACCCGAAAGUUGGGGAGUAUAUAGUAUUUCACAUUCGAAGCAAUUUCUUCAUUGAAACAUUCAACUAUCUAAUUAUAUCGAAAGGAAUAGUAUUACUGAACGGACAGGAAACCAUUCACGAAGGCACCCGAACAAUGGCCAUUACACUCAGUUCUGAAAUGGCUCCAGUAUCCACAAUCGUGGUCUGGAAGAUCACAACAAAAGGACAGAUCGUCGUAGACUCAUUAUCGUUCCCAGUGAACGGAAUCUCGCGUAACAAUUUCACUGUGUAUAUAAACAACCGGAAAGCGAGAACUGGAGAAAAGGUAGAAGUGGCCAUAUUUGGCGAACCUGGUGCCUAUGUAGGUCUUUCAGGCAUUGACAAUGCUUUUUACACAAUGCAAGCUGGAAAUGAACUGACAUACGCGAAAGUGAUCACGAAAAUGUCAAAUUUCGACGAGGCGACUAACGGAACACAUAAACAUGUAUGGUACUCACAUGAAGGCGAUCCAGAUCAAUUGGUGUAUUAUCCAGCAUCGACAUUCGGAAUUGAUGCUAACAGAACAUUCGAAUAUGCAGGUCUGGUUGUGUUUACUGAUGCUGUGAUGCCCCGCCGUAACGAGAACUGCAAUAUGACAGCUGGAUAUGCAGAAUGUAUGACACGCGGAUGUUAUCGAAUAUUUAAAAAAUGUGACGGUUUCCGAGACUGUGAAGACGGAACGGAUGAAAUGAACUGUAAUCCUUAUAACGAAACAAUGAUUUCGGAGUACAGAAAAUAUCGCUUCAAUAGAAUUCGCAGACAUUACGAGAACGUUUGGCUGUGGAAGGAUAUAAAUAUUGGGCCACAUGGAAGAUUUAUCUUUAAUGUAGAGGUACCGGAUCGACCAGCCCUUUGGAUGGUAUCGGCAUUUAGUGUGAGUCCUUCGAAUGGUUUUGGAAUGAUGAAUCAGGCCAUUGAAUACGUAGGUGUCCAACCAUUCUUCAUCAACGUUGAGAUGCCUACAGAAUGCCGUCAAGGUGAACAAGUUGGUAUAAGGGUGACUGUAUUCAAUUAUAUGACGACCGCGAUUGAAGCUACUGUAGUCCUGCAUGGUUCGCCUGAUUAUAAAUUUGUUCACGUCGAAGAAAAUGGUAUCGUGCGGUCAUAUAAUCCACGAACCUCUUUCGGAGAACAUCAAUUCUUCAUUUAUUUGGAGGCGCAGGAGUCGACAAUAGUUUAUUUACCCAUCGUUCCAACUCGCCUUGGGGACAUCGAUGUUACAGUUCACGCUGGAACUCUUCUGGGAACAGACCAGAUUACACGGAGGAUUCACGUUGAGGCUGAUGGAUUGCCUCAAUACAGGCAUCAAUCCGUGCUAUUGGAUUUAUCGAGUCGCGCAUAUGUUUUCCAAUAUAUGCAUGUGAACAUUACAGAAACGCCAAUAAUUCCAUAUGCAGUUGACAGAUACUUCGUGUACGGCUCAAAUAGGGCGAAAAUCUCAGUUGUUGGUGACGUGGUGGGACCUAUUUUCCCAACAAUGCCGGUUAAUGCGACUAGUUUGCUAUAUCUACCAAUGGACUCGGCUGAACAAAACAUCUAUAGCUUUGCUGCAAAUUUGUAUACCAUUUUGUAUAUGCGACGAAUCAAUCAACGUAACCGCACAACAGAAAGAGAAGCGUUUUAUCACAUGAACAUCGGUUACCAAAAACAGUUAAGCUACAUGAAAGAGGACGGUUCGUUCACUCUUUUCCGAUCGGAUUGGAACAAUUCUGCGUCGUCAUUAUGGCUCACUGCAUAUUGCGCACGAGUUUUCCAAGAAGCAUCCUUUUAUGAGUGGGAAAACUUUAUUUACAUCGAUCCACUCAUAAUCCAAAAAAGUAUUCGUUGGAUUCUGCGGCAUCAAACGCCGGAGGGCUCUUUCUACGAAGUAACAUGGUUCCCGGAUAGAAAAAUGAAUAGGUCACGAAGUGCUGUAAAUGAUCAACUAAAGCAACGUAAUAUCACAUUAACCGCACAUGUGCUAAUUACUUUGGCUACAGUGAAGGAUUUGUCAGGCAGUUUGGGUUCGCGAGUUGCUAUAGCUCAACAAAAAGCAAUUUCAUGGAUUGACAAAAACAUGAAGCUUCUACAAGCAUCAGAAGAACCUUACGAGGUAGCGAUCGUGGCUUAUGCUCUAAUGCUUGCUAGGGCGGCGAGUGCAGAACAAGCCUUCGGGUAUUUAGCAGGACAUGCUCGGACAAUAGGCGAGUUUAUGUAUUGGGGUAAUAUUGAGGUGCCGCAGCCGCCUACUAAACUAGAAAACCAAAAAUACUUCUCACUUCCCCGUCUACCGUACGAAUACGAUUCAUUAAAUAUAGAGACAACCGCAUACGCAUUAUUGGUGUACGUAUCUCGGCGUGAAUUCCUUGUGGAUCCAAUUGUGAGAUGGUUGAAUGCACAACGACUCAAUGAUGGCGGUUGGGCUUCAACGCAAGACAGCAGCAUCGCACUUAAGGCUUUAAUUGAAUACACCGUUCAUUCUCGAAUCCGUGAAGUGACUCAAUUGGCUAUAACCGUGGAAGCAACUUCAUUACCUGGUCAACAAAAAAUCUUACAUAUUAAUGAUAAUAAUUUGGCUCAGCUGCAAUCAAUCGAGAUUCCAAACGCUUGGGGAACGGUGAAAGUUCAGGCAAAGGGAGCAGGUUUUGCAAUUCUUCAAAUGCACGUUCAAUAUAACGUUGAUAUAGCUCGGUUCCAAACAAAACCUCCAGUUCCGGCCUUCGAUUUAUAUACACGCGCUGUAUUCCACGGUAGGAAUCAGUCUCACAUUUCGUAUUUAUCUUGUCAAAGAUGGAUAAACACAAACGAGUCCAUACGCUCUGGAAUGUCCGUGCUCGAUGUUACUAUACCCACUGGGUAUUUCAUUCAACAACAAAAACUUGAUUCUUAUGUGUUAAGCCAGCGCGUGCGGAAUUUACAACGUGCAAAAUAUCAAGAAAGAAAAGUUUUAUUCUAUUUCCACUUCUUGGAUGACGAAUACACUUGCGUUAAUUUCACUGUGGAACGAUGGUAUCCUGUUGCAAAUAUGUCCCGUUAUUUGCCUAUCCGAGUCUACGAUUAUUACUCGCCCGAGCGUUUCAACGAAACUAUAUUCGACGCACUUCCUACAUAUCUUCUCAACAUAUGUGAGGUAUGCGGCAGUUCGCAAUGUCCGUACUGCAACAUAUACAACAUGGCGGUAAAAGAACCACUACCAAUGAUGUUAUUGAUUUCAACAAUGGUUAUCGUCUUAAUAAGACAACUAUAUUGGUCGCGCAUAAAAAUUUUGGAUGCUGCGUAGGAUAAUGCGAUUUAUAUUUAGCGACAAAUGUGUAGACUUAACCAACUAGAUUUUAUGUACAAAAGAAGUCGAGACAACUCCGUCCAUUUUUCUCUGUCCCUAGACUUUUACCAAUUCGAUUCGAUGCACUUUCGGGAUCGUUCGUAUAAUUUUUUUUAUAGUUUUGAUGCGUGCGGUUUUUUAGUCGAAUCUCGUGUAGAACUAUUGCCUAAGUGGAAUUCAAUUCCAUUUCCGUUCCAUUCCAUUUUUUUAGAGUAGACUUAAUCUUGUGGGAGGAAUAAAAGCAAGAUAGGGAUGCAGCUAAUGUGGUGAAUCUCAUUUUUACGAAAAACAUUAACAUUAUUCUCUCCAAGCAACGUACAAGGCAAGAGCUCAGUCUGAUAAAAGUGUCUUAAUAAUGAAAUCCAGUUCAGGAUUUUCGUGAAAAUAAAGUAUUUGUAUCGAAUGAAAUUCCGUCCAUUGUUAUAUAGAAAAGUUUUAUAUUUUUUAUAUGUUAAAAGAACUAAUAGAGAAUAUUGAAUAAAAUAUUGAAAAAUUGAA